GAAUUGAUUUUGAGAAAAGCAAAAAAACUCUACGGUCUCUUCUGAAAAACACAUGAUGGGGAAGAAGAAAGCUGUCAAGUACUUCGUGGUGGAUGCUUUCACUGAUUCGGCUUUCAAAGGGAACCCAGCUGCGGUUUGUUUCCUCGAAGACGACAACAACGAGAGAGACGACACGUGGCUUCAGUCUCUCGCUGCCGAGUUCAACAUCUCCGAAACUUGUUUUCUUACUCCCAUCACCACCACCACCACCACUGCCACUGGUUUCCAUUCAUCUCGCUUCAGUCUCCGCUGGUUUACCCCUUUAGCCGAGGUGGAUCUUUGUGGUCAUGCCACUUUGGCAUCUGCUCAUUGUCUCUUCUCCGAUGGUUUAGUUGACACAGACAAGGUUGAGUUUGUCACACGAUCAGGGAUUCUUACUGCUAAGCGUAUUUCGGAUGAUACUUCAGAGCUCAAUGAUGGUGAAGUGAAAGGAGGAUCCUUUUUCAUCGAGUUGAACUUCCCUGUGGUUCCAUCUUGUGAUGUCAAUCUCAGUGAUGUCUCCUCUUCCAUGAUCACCAAGGCCUUGAACGGUGCUACCAUUGUUGAUAUUAAAGUUACUGCAAGUAACAACCUCCUCGUUUCGCUUCCAUCUAUGGAAUCUGUCACUGAUUUGCAACCAAGAAUGGAUGAUGUAUUGAAAUGUCCCUGUGACGGCAUAAUUGUUACAGCUGCUGGUUCUGCAGGAUCGGCCUAUGAUUUUUACAGUCGAUACUUUGCUCCCAAGUUCGGAGUCGAUGAGGACCCUGUUUGUGGAAGUGCACAUUGUGCAUUGGCACAUUACUGGAGCCUCAAGAUGAACAAGUGUGAUUUCUUAGCCUACCAAGCUUCGCCUAGGAGUGGAACAAUUAGGAUUCAUCUAGACAAGGAGAAGCAGAGGGUUCUCCUUAGAGGCAAAUCCGUGACUGUGAUGGAAGGUCAUGUCUUGGUCUGAUCUGAGAUUAUCUAAUGUGUUGAAUGACUUUGGUUCCCCCCAUGGCCUAGUUCUUCGUCGUAUUUGAAGCUUUCCAAUUAAUUUGUGGACGCUUUCAUAUUUGUACUUGUAAUUCUGCUUAAUCAUGUCAGUCUUGUAUAUCUGUAAGCUGUAUUAUAAGAGCCUGUGAAUGUUGACCAUUCAAUGGAAAAAAUAUCACUUCCUUUUUUUGGUAA